CGCAACACUCGCUAACGCAGAGGAAGAGACGGCAGACACCGCACCUUCGACCAAGGUAAAGCAUGGCGAUGACCGGCCAGAGCUCGUGCUCCUCCAUGAGUAACCACACUAAGGAGCGGGUCACCAUGGCCAAAGUGACCCUGGAGAACUUCUACAGCAACCUCAUCGCCCAGCACGAGGAGAGAGAGAUGAGACAGCAGAAGCUGGAGAAAGUGAUGGAUCAGGAAGGCUUAGCUGAUGAAGAGAAACGUAUCCGGCGUUCUCAGCAUGCAAGGAAAGAGACAGAGUUUCUGCGUCUGAAACGUACUCGACUGGGUCUGGAGGACUUCGAGUCCCUGAAGGUGAUUGGCCGAGGAGCUUUUGGAGAGGUUCGUCUGGUGCAGAAGAAAGACACAGGUCAUGUGUAUGCCAUGAAGAUCCUCCGCAAAGCUGACAUGCUGGAGAAAGAACAGGUUGGUCAUAUCCGUGCUGAGCGGGAUAUUCUGGUAGAGGCAGACAGCCUGUGGGUGGUCAAAAUGUUCUACAGCUUCCAGGAUAAGAUGAACCUGUACCUCAUCAUGGAGUUCCUGCCUGGAGGAGACAUGAUGACCCUGCUGAUGAAGAAGGACACCCUUACAGAAGAGGCCACUCAGUUCUACAUAGCAGAGACGGUGCUGGCCAUCGACUCCAUCCACCAGCUGGGCUUCAUCCACCGAGACAUCAAACCUGACAACCUGCUGCUGGACUCCAGGGGUCAUGUGAAGCUGUCUGACUUCGGUCUGUGCACUGGCCUGAAGAGGGCUCACCGUACGGAGUUCUACAAAAACCUGAACCACAGCCUGCCCAGUGACCUCAGUAAGCAAACUUUCCAGAACAUGAACUCCAAGAGGAAAGCAGAGACCUGGAAGAGGAACAGGAGGCAGCUGGCUUUCUCCACAGUGGGAACCCCAGACUACAUCGCUCCAGAGGUCUUCAUGCAGAAUGGAUACAACAAACUCUGUGACUGGUGGAGCUUGGGUGUCAUCAUGUAUGAGAUGCUGAUAGGUUACCCUCCGUUCUGCUCAGAGACGCCUCAGGAGACGUACAGGAAAGUGAUGAACUGGCGAGAGACGCUCACCUUUCCCCCAGAAGUUCCUAUAUCAGAGAAGGCCAAAGACCUCAUCCUCAGGUUCUGCUGUGAGGAGGAGCACAGGAUCGGGGCUGCAGGUGUGGAGGAGAUCAAAUCCAAUCCCUUCUUUGAGGGGGUGGAUUACGACCAUAUCAGGGAGAGACCUGCUGCCAUUCCCAUAGAGAUCAAAAGCAUCGACGACACCUCCAACUUCGAUGAGUUCCCUGAUUCAGAUAUCCUCACCCCAACAACCACCCAGGUGUCCAACCAGACCGAGGCGGACCUGAAGAACAAGGACUGGGUCUUCAUCAACUACACCUACAAACGCUUCGAAGGCCUGACCGCCCGAGGAGCUAUACCGUCCUACAUGAAGUCAGGGAAGAGAUGAGCACCAACACCACCGUGAAACCUGAACGAGUUGUCCAAACCCCUGCUGUGUAAAGAACUUCAGCCCUGAGAGGAGAACGCUGCCUGUUCUCCCUGUCACCUGACUGACGAGGAUUCUUUAAAGUAAUAACAGGGCUCAGUUUCAUCCGUUGCUUUCCACUGUAGGAACCGCUGCCUUCAUUUCUGCAGGUCUUCACUUUCUCCGAUGCUUCCGAGGGUACCUUCCUACUUCCAGCUCAACAACGAAGACUGAAACUGGGAUUAAAGUGAUUGAUUGUGAUUCUCUCCACUGGCUUUUUAAAGCAGUGGAUGCAGUGGGAUGUCUUCACUCUGAUACCAGCAUCAUUUACAUUCCCUCUCUGCAAACCAGCAGCAGUCUGUUAGUCCCACCGGGCGUCCCUCACCUUUAUAAACCGGGACAUCCGCUCUCCGCUCACCGUUUCAUGUUGACUUAUCAACUCAAACAUUGCAUUAAGUCGUCACUUGAAGUGAAUCAGGUGCUCUUCAGGGAUUCUGUCCAAAUGUUUCUCGCAGCGAGGCUUCUCUAAAGUGCUGCUGGCUUCUUCAGACCACCUAACCAAAGACCUGUGAGCUGAACGACGUCUCUGCUCCGCCUCUCCGUCACGUCACGUCUUAGAACUUAGAGCUGUGGCUUUUUAUAGACUAUUAUUUGCUGACUAAGAUUUGCCUGUUGAAACGCGUGAAUAUAUAAGAAUGAUGCAUUUUGUGGAACAAACACAAGAGCCUUGUUACAUUUUCACAGUGACCCACUCACGUUCAGUUACCGUUUAGCACCUUAUGGGAUGUUUGAUCCCGCUCCAGUCCAGUCAGGCCUACAGCUCAUCAGUUUGUGUUAUUAGACUAGAAAAGAAAAGUUGUGUCCACACGUGGGUUUUAACGGGGGGCCGGGGUGGGGGGGUUGCUGCAUCUCAGACUGUCACCAUUUCCACACAAAAGUGUCUCCAUUUGACCAUUUUCAUGCCACUAACGUGUAAUGAGUCAACACAUCCUCCCAUUCAGACUCAGCAGCUGCAGUAUGAAUGGAUAUGUUACUGCUGCAGGUCAGAGCACUCAGCCCCAUCGGCUGUCAGCCUCUCACUGUCUGUCGUGGGUUGGGGCUGGUUGGCCCGGGAACCUCGUUCAGCGUGAUGUGUGUGUCUCACCCAGAGGAACGGGGACAUUGUCUCUGGAAAGACGUGUCGCAGCUGCGUUUUUUUUUAAUAUUUCAGAUUGAGUCUGAAUGAGAUCUCAGACGUGUGUGGCCUUUAUGAGAAUAAAUAACGACUUCAUGAGAAAUGGCCGCACAUGAUCCUGGACGUGGAGAUAUGAUUGAUGGUGUAAAUGGUGUCAGACUGCUCAGCUGUUACCCCCCCCCCCCCCCCCCCCCCACCCCCACCCUCUGCCCCCCCCCCCCCCCCCCCCCCCAGCCUUUGUUUCAGUUCUGUUGCAGUUUCUUGUUUAAAUGGUCAGGUCUCCUUCGGAUGAUGAUGAUGUGUUCACAGGACAUUGGAUUGGUUAGGUUGAAUUAGGUUGAUGAACUAUAUAUAUAUGUAUAUAUAUAUAUAGAUAUAGAUGUGUAGCAGUGUGAUGGUUCAUUGCUGAGGUCAAGAGGCUUGAAGUUGAUUUCAGCAGGAGGGAAGCUUUUAGCAUUGCUUUUGUUGCUUUAGAUGUUUUGUUUUGUUUUUUUCUGAGAGACACUCACUCAGCGUCUGACAGAGUGACUCCACCGUGUAGCAGCAGUGGAGUGAGCACAGGGCUAAACAGUUUCCAGUGAACACAAUAUCCAAAAUGCUGUCAUUCAGAAUGAAUGUAGAUGAAGUUUUAUGGAGUCACAAUAAUUUUGCCACAGUAAUUCCAAAAUGCUGUUUGUGUGAAUGUAGUCUGGAUUUUUUUUUUUUUUUGGGUCAUCUUUGCCCUGACACGAGGUAUAACUAUGGAAGCUUAUUUCCCCUGGAAUGAAAUGUUGGAAUGGUAAAUGUUUUUUUUUUUUUCCAAAGUCACAAUUAUGAACAUACUAUUAUGUUGUUGACAUAGUAAAUUUCUUAUUUUAGACUUAGUCAGAAUUUUUUUACUGAAAUAUCACAUUUCAAAAUAAAAUUGUGUAGCAUGUCAUAACUUCGUACAUUAAAAUUUUGACUUUUCCUAUAUGAUAAUAUACAUUUUGUAUAGAUGAGUCAGAAUGACACGUCCAACGUUUCUCUCUGCUUGACUUCAGACAUGAUGAAGUAUUUUAUAAUUGUGACUUUUAAAAAAAUGCUAAGCUUUGUUCUGUUCUAAUUCUUAGUUGUGACUUGCUGUCGUUCCUCACGUCUUCGUCUUUUUCCCCUCGUCUCUUGGCAGAAAUGAGCUUCCAUAUAUAACAGUUCAGUCUGAAGGUUUUUCCGAUUGUCUAUUAUAGCAACGUUGUGCGUUCAGGUAGUGUGUAGAUGAAGCUCAGCACAUUGUAACAGAUGUUAGGAAAGCACACAGCAGAGCUUUUUUUUUUCUAUGGCAGGGGUCAAAGCUCCUGCUCCGCAUGCUUUUACCAAACAGCAGAUGAGUCGGCUUAAAGCAAUAGAGCAUGUGGAAUGGUUUUAUUGAUGAUGCCACUUGGUGUGUGUGUUUGUGUGUGUGUGUGUGUGUGUGUGUGUGUGUGUGUGUGUGUGUGUGUGUGAGAGAGAGAGAGAGAGAGCGGGUGAGAUUUCAGAUGGUGGGUGAUGAUGUGAUCAUGCUCAGUAACACCAGUGCAGUGUGGGGCUGCUUGAAGGUCUGUAUGUUGUUUUCUACAGUUACUGCUCAGAUGAGUGUGUGUGUGUGUGUGUUUGCUGUGCUGGUGUCAUCAUAUACCACGCUGAGGGGUUAUGGGAAAGUGAGUGUACAUUAUUUAAACCACUGUUGUCUUUGUAGCGUGUGGCUGUUGUAUUGUUUCUGCUAUUGACAAUGAAUUACUCUGCACUUCC